AUGGCAGCGGCUGCACAGGGUGUCCUGGCCACCCGACGUGAGGAGCCACCUCCAGACGAAGCCGCGGUGGAGACAGCUGAGGAAGCAAAGGAGCCGGCUGAGGCAGACAUCACGGAGCUCUGCUGGGACAUAUUCUCCAAAAUGGCCAAUUACCUGACUGGGGAACUGACGGAUAUUACUAGAGCCACCAGUGAAGACUAUAAGCUCCUGGAAAAUAUGAAUAAACUAACGAGCUUGAAGUAUCUUGAAAUGAAAGAUACUGCUAUAAACAUUAGCAGAUACUUAAAGGACUUAAACCAGAAGUAUGCUGAACUACAGCCUUAUCUGGAUCAGAUCAAUGUAACUGAGGAACACGUAAGGGCUCUUCAGCAGGCAGCCUACAAGUUGGAUGCAUAUUCAAAAAAACUGGAAGCCAAGUACAAGAAGCUGGAGAAAUGAUGAAAAACUUAUUUCUAUGGGAUAAAGUCUUUUUUCAUGUGGAAGAAUGUUUUAUAAG